UUCUGGGCUCUGUGGAAACCGCCGAGUAACCAUCUGGACAAAACGUUGCAAGCUACUGAAAUGGCGGAGAAAGUCUCUGGAACUUCUGAAGCUCUGACGUACUAACCCUAAGCUUUACUCCCCCAUCAAGUUUCCUUAUGCGUUCUCGAGGCUUCACCCACGUUUCUUCCUUUAUUACACGAACGCUGUUGAGUACAGAGUACCUACAUUGUUCGCUUCCACGGCAGUCCAUUCUCGUUCAGAGGAAUCGGUGUUUGUUGUGGGAAGCUUAGUUCGUGUAACGACCGGCUUUGGAUUGUGUUGUGAUUUUUUGGGGUGUUUAGGGAUGGCGGAUAAUCCGAAGCUUAUGUUCAUUGUGGUGGUGGACGAAAGUGAGAAGAAGGGGGAUGGAAAAGAAGGAGGUUUCAAAUAUACAAGACCUGUGUUGCAGAGUACUCUGCAGCUUAUGGGUUGCAAAGCUCGGCACUCCUUCAAGAUUAGCAGAAGGGUUUUUGAUGUGAUGCGAAAUAAUCGUUCCAAUGACGGUUUCACUACUUUUGGGGCUAAUAUAUCAUUAUCAGAUAUGCCAGAAAUUAGAUCUGAUAAAGAAAGCAGUCAUGAGGUGCUAGACCAUAACUCCAUUGAAGAGAAUGUUGAUAAAAUAAGUUCAAGACAGUUUGAACUCUACAAAAGACAUUCAACUGUUAUCGUCACAAGACCAACUUUCUUGAACGUUGUUUGUGAUGCACUUUCUGUGUACAAGUAUGUGGGUCCCAAUCAAAUGGCUGAUCUGCUUCUGGCAUGCAGAAUUCGGGAGAGAAAGGCAUCAGUAACAAUUCUUCUGUGUGGUACAAGUGGGUGUGGGAAGUCUACACUAUCAGCAUUGCUGGGAAGCAGAUUAGGCAUAACCAACGUGAUUUCAACUGAUUCAAUUCGCCACAUGAUGAGAAGUUUUGCUGAUGAAAAGGAAAAUCCACUCUUAUGGUCCUCAACUUACCAUGCUGGUGAAUGCUUGGAUCCAGUGGCAAUUGCGAAAGCAAAGAUGAAGAGGAAAGCAAAAAGACUAGCUGGUGCUUCCCAAUCUUUUCUUAUGGAAGAUUUGCCUGAUAAUUCCACAGCUGAUAAGUGUGGGAGAAAACCACCAGAUGUUGGUUCAACGACUGAGGCCAUUAGCAAAAAGCAAAUGGCUAUUGAGGGUUUUAAGGCACAGAGUGAGAUGGUCAUUGAUAGUCUUGAUCGAUUGAUCACCAAUUGGGAAGAUCAAAAUCAAUCUGCUAUCGUUGAAGGUGUUCAUUUGAACCUCAAUUUUGUGAUGGGACUUAUGAAGAAGCAUCCUUCAAUAAUACCUUUUAUGGUUUACAUUACAAAUGAAGAGAAACACAAGGAGAGGUUUGCAGUGCGUGCUAAAUACAUGGCACUGGAUCCUGCAAGAAAUAAGUAUGUUAAAUACAUACAUAAUAUAAGAACGAUUCAAGAUUACCUCUGCAAUCGUGCCGAUAAACAUCUGGUGCCUAAGAUAAACAAUACAAAUGUUGACCGGAGUGUAGCGGCAAUUCAUGCCACAGUUUUUAGCUGCCUAAGGAGGCAAGAGGCAGGAGAGAAGUUGUAUGAUCCAGUUACAAAUACAGUUCCCAUAAUUUAUGAAGAGCACAGAAACCAGUGUGCUGCUAACUCUCUUAGUUCCAAACGAAUGUUUCAGCUAAUACAGGGAUUAGGGUCUUCCAGGCGUCUGAUGGCACUUGUCAAUACUGAUGGUUCGGUUGCUAGAACAUGGUCGGUUGAUUCUGUUAACGGUAACAUAAUAUCUUCAUCCAAAGAUAGAAGCUGUGACGAAAGCAACAUUUUUGGUCAUUUGCUGAUUUGCAAGGCAGAGCCUGUUAAUCUUCAGUUUGGAAAUUUUGGGAUUAGUGCUUGGUCAAAUGAUACUGGUGGUACUAGUUAUGCUGGAAGUAUGGAUGAUUCCAGAGCUGAUGGCACUGAUUCUAUGAGCAAAUACUACUCUUCUUUCUCUAGUUCUCCUAAAAUUUCAGGAAAUUCCAAAGAGCCUAUGGAAGAAAUAUCUGUAUUUGGAAGUGAAGAUGAAGCUGAUGAGCCACCUGCUGCUGACAGUGAAGACGAUCACAUUUACAUAGAGGACAUCCAUGAAGAGAUGGGGGGUUCAGUAGAUGAGGAAUCAACGAAGUCGGAUGAAGAGUACGACGACUUAGCCAUGCUCGACGGCUUAGAGGAUGGCUACUCUUCUUCUUCAGAUAAUGAGCUACCUGCAGCUAAUUGCAAGAGACUAACAAAUACCUUACUAAGAGAAAUUAAUUCAGUGCAGAAAAUUGAUGUCCUGGAACUGAUACAGAAAUAUCAACAGAGCCUGGAUUUGUUCUUCGAGAAUAGUGAGUCUUUGAACCAGUCAUCUAAUUUUCGCUUUCAUUCUGAUAGAAAUGAGGGCCUGGAUUUGUUUUGAACCAUUUGGUGAUCAUUCUCUUCAAUAAAAGAAAAAACCAGGUG